AUGGAUUCUGAUAAUGCUACAGAAGAAAAUAUUGAUCCUAAUAUUCCACGAGAGGACGAUUUUUCAAUGAAAGUUCAGAAUAUGUCAUCAAAUAAAGAUGUAUCUCCAAGUACAAGUGCAAGAUCGAUAAAUAUAGAGACACCAGAAUUACGUCAAAAGAGUCCAGUUACUUCACAUGUGACAGCUGUAACUACACCGAGUUCAUCUUGUAGAUCAAGUAGUGUAUUAGAUGUGUCUAAAGCGACCUUUGAUAUGAAAGCUUUUGAAAAAAAGAUGUAUUCGUUAAAUCAAGAAAUUAGUAGCAAAUUAGAUAUGAUUACUAUGAAUUUAUGCAGAUUAAAUCGCUUUCUUCUACCACAUGAGAAAAGAAUAAUAAGACCAGCAGAUCUUCCAGCACUUCCAUUGACAACAGAGGAAGAAUUAGAAAAAUUUGAAAAAUAUUUAACGAAAGAUGAUAAUGCUGGUGCAACUAUUUGUUACAUGAGUCAAAUUAUUGGUCCUAAAGACAAUAUUAAGGAAGCUACAUAUAAAGUACUAAGGAAACUUAUUUCAAACACAUUGGCAGCAGACUUUACUUUAAAAAGUGGUAAACAUUUAUCCAAAAAAUGUUUCGAAAAGCUGAUGCUGUAUGAAGUUGUUCAAGGUGCCAUUUUAGACAAAAGGCCAGAAACAGAAAUCCCAGAGAUUGAUGCAGCUACUUCACUGUGGCUAAAGCAAGCACCUUGGCGUCGCCAAGAUGACGGCAGUAUGGGGAAAAGAAUAAAAAAAUAAGAUUAUUUUUGUGUUUCUUUUGUUUUAAAAUUUGACGAUUUUUUUAUUGUCAUUUGACGAUUUUUAUAGCAUAUUUAUGGCUGAACUAUGCUCUGCUCUAUAUUUAAAACAACAAAAUGUCUGCGACAAAAAUAUCUAUUUUUUUAUG